UUUUAUCACCUGAUGCCCAGGAAUCACGUGCCUGUGGGAGAAGCCUUGAUUUUCAUUGAGCUGCUGGUGGUAUUGCAGAAGUAGAUUUAGUUUUAUUUUGGGAGGAGCGGCGAUGACUGCAGGGCGUGUUUGUGUCUCUGUGAGCCUGACAUCACUGGGUUGUUGACUGGGAGCUGCUAGCGUGCUUUUGUUCUCAAACAGCUGAGGGCUGUGGAUGGUACACAGCAGUUGAAGGCUGCAGUCCCGUCAGGACAACAGGCCGGUUGCUGGACUGGACUGGGAUCUUCCCGCUUAAGCUGAAUAUCCUGGGCGGCCUGAUGGACAGCUAACAUCUGUUGACUCUAUUUCUGAGACUUUGUGACCUACAUUGUGCUAGAUUCCAAUGGGCCGGUGCCAGAGGCAGAAGCAUGUGAUGUGCAGAGGGUUUGAGAUGAGCAGCUGGAUAGACUAAUCACAGGGGUUUAACGUGACGCAAUUGAAAUGACUUCAACAUUUUUUAAUAAUUUAUGAUGGCUUGAUUACAUUUAUCAGUGAUUUAUAUAUCCUGUUCUUCAUUUUCUCUCUUUUUUUCUAUGAGAGAAGAGCCACUUCCUGUCAGUCAUUUUUUUCCCUUAUAGUUGCUUUAUAAAGAUUUCUGUGCAUUUUGAAAGCUUCAUUUGACCUGUGUCUGUACUCUGUGGCAGGGAGUGUGGCAUUCCUGCAGACACAACUCUUUCUCAUUCACUGGGUUCAUAGUUCAAGCUCAUUUAAAGACACUUUAGUGUACCCUCUGUUGCUGAUGAUAGCAGCUGUCGGUGAAGGGAUGGUUUCUCUCUGGGUCUUCCGAGGAGCAGCACACUUUAAGAGCCAUGUUGGUUGGUCUGGGCAGUUCUACCCCCUUGGAUUUUUGCGACUGUAAGAACAAACCUGGAUUUGUGAGGAUUUCCCGUGGACAUCAGUCAUGACUCUGGCUGGACCUUUGCAUCAAAUUUCCAGAUGUAUGUGACUGCAGGAGCAAAAAUCAGCUGCGCCAGAACCAAGCCUGUGGUGCUGUGGACAUCGGAGACCUAAAUGUGUUCCAGCAGCUAAGUAACAUAGACAAAUCAAAGCUGAUUAAUGGAAUCCAUAUAUGGACCUGCAGCCAGUUUCCAUGACGAUGGGUCCUUUAACGAGAGUCCAGUCGUGAUUUCCUCGUACGCCUUACAGUUAGAAAUAGACAGCAUCGAUGGAGGAGGCAAUUAUGACAUAGUGAACAACACUGUGGUCUCAACUCCUGGGCCGCAAAACAGCAGGAACCAGAAUGUGUCCCUGAAGCAAAGCUGGGAGAUGAACUACCAGGAGGCAGCCAUCUACCUGCAGGAGGGAGAAAACAACGACAAGUUUUUUACGCACCCACAAAACCCCAAAGCGCUGGCAGCAUACCUGUUUGUUCACAACCACCUGUUCUACAUGAUGGAACUGCUGACAGGCCUGCUGCUGCUGUCGCUGUCGCUGUGCGAAGCUCCUGCUGUGCCUUCGCUGCGCCUGGACGUCUACGUUCACGCUACUCUGGAGCUACUGGCUUUGGUGAUGGUUGCAUUUGAGUUAUGCAUGAAACUGCGCUGGCUAGGCUUCCACACGUUCAUACGUCACAAGAGGACCAUGGUUAAGACGUGUGUGCUGAUGCUGCAGUUUGUGGAGGCUAUAGUGGUUCUAAUAAGACAAACGUCCCACAUGAGAAUAACCAGAGCGCUCAGGCCCAUUUUCCUGGUGGACUGCAGAUACUGUGGUGCUGUGCGCAGAAACCUUCGUCAGAUCUUCCAGUCCCUCCCAUCAUUUAUUGACAUUCUUCUGCUGCUGCUUUUCUUUAUGGUGAUUUUUUCCAUUUUGGGCUUCUGCCUCUUCUCCACAAACACUGCCGACCCGUACUUCAACACUCUGGAGAACAGCCUCGUCAGCCUCUUUGUGCUGCUGACCACAGCAAACUUCCCUGAUGUGAUGAUGCCAGCAUACUCCAAGAACAGCUGGUCUUGUGUUUUCUUUAUCGUUUACCUCUCCAUAGAGCUGUAUUUCAUCAUGAACCUGCUUCUAGCUGUGGUGUUUGACACUUUCAAUGAUGUCGAGAAGAUGAAGUUUAAAUCUCUCCUGCUUCACAAGCGCUCCGCCAUUGAUCACGCUUUCCAGCUGUUAGUUAGCCGACAGAGGCCCAUGGGAGUGUCUCUGAAACAGUUUGAUGGUCUGAUGCGAUAUUACAGACCACGAAUGUCUGCCAGAGACCGCUUCCUCACAUACAAAGCUUUAAACACUUCGGGGUCCAGGAUGCUCAGUCUCCAGGACUUUUACAAGUUCUAUGAGGUCAUUGGUCUUAAAUGGAAGGCCCGGCGCAGUGGAGAACACUGGUUUGAUGAUCUUCCUCAUACAGCCUUCCUCAUUUUUAAAGGCAUCAACUUGCUUGUGAAGUCAAAGGCCUUCCAGUAUGCCAUGUAUGUGGUGGUAGCCAUCAACGGGGUGUGGAUCCUCGUGGAGACAUACACAUUAAACAGUGGUUACUCCUGGUCCAAAUUUGUUCCUUGGAGUUACAUUGUUUUCCUGACCAUUUAUGGAGUAGAAGUGUUACUGAAAAUUGCAGGUUUGGGACCCAUAAAUUAUUUCAGCUCUGGCUGGAAUCUAUUUGACUUCUCAGUGACCUUGUUCGCCUUCCUGGGACUGAUCGCUCUGGCGUUCAACAGAGAGCCUUUUUACUUUAUUGUGGUUCUUCGACCGCUCCAGCUUCUCCGGUUGUUUAAGAUAAAGCAGAGGUAUCGUAAUGUGUUGGACACCAUGUUUGAGCUUUUCCCCAGAAUGGCAAGUCUGGGACUGACACUGAUCAUCUUCUACUACUCUUUUGCCAUUGUGGGAAUGGAGUUCUUCGCUGGAGUUGUUUACCCAAACUGCUGCAACACCAGCACAGUAGCAGACUCCUACAGGCAGAUAAAUGUUACACACGGCAACACAACAGUGUUGGAAGAAGGCUACUAUUAUCUGAACAACUUCAACAACAUUCUCCGCAGCUUUGUGACUCUGUUUGAACUGACUGUUGUUAAUAACUGGUACAUCACCAUGGAAGGAGUGACUUCUAUGACAAGCCACUGGAGCCGUCUGUACUUCAUGACGUUUUACAUAGUCACUAUGGUGGUGAUGACCAUCAUCGUGGCUUUUAUUUUGGAUGCCUUUGUUUUCCGCAUGAACUACAGCCGAAAGAACCGUGAGCCAGUGGAAAAUCCAGAAGAUGAAAACGGGAUCGUGUUUGAAGUAGAGGUGAGUCGGGACGAAGCUAUGACCACACUGGAGCUCUACAGGCAGACCUGCCUGACGCCAUCUUCCCUAAGCUCUCUGACAGGAGUCCUCCAAGCAAUGGACAGGAGUGGGCACUCGUCUCUUGUUUACCAAGGGCGCCGCUCCAGGACUAAAAGUGACCUCAGCAUGAAAAUGUAUGAAGAGGAGAUUCAGGAGUGGUAUGCAGAAUAUUCAAGGGAAAAUGUCUGUCAGCAAGACCAGAUCCAUGAUCCACAUCACGACAGUCCUGCCUCCGAGAGCACACAGACUAUACACCACAGUAUUAACUAAAGCACAGGAAAACAACAGCACUUCCAGUGACCCCCCCACACUUAACUUAUCCUUCAUAGAAGGAGAAAUUCUGGGGCCUUUUGGACUACAAGUUGAUGGCGGCUGAUCCUGGAGUCAGACGGUUCCCUGUUUGGCCUUUAAUAACACUAAAGCUCGCAGAAAGCUUGUAUUACCACAUCAGUCGUGCCCUAUCGUAAAUAAUGUAGUAAUUAUACCUGAUGCCUUAGUUUAACGGCACAUCUGUUCAGCAUUAACACAGAUAGAAAGCUUCUUCUUUUGUUUUUUUUUAACAAAAAAAUGUUUACUUCUUUUAGCUCAAACCACAAUUAUGGUGUAAAGUUUCUUUUAAUUGUCUUAGCAGACUCAAAAGUAUUUUAUAUUACUACUCAUUCUUAAAUGUAUAUGAGAGUAUGAGGGAUUAUAAUAAACUAUUUAAAUGGAAAA